AUGGCGCAGCAACCGGGAAUCCCCCUGGGCAGCGUCACUGCCUUGCAACUGCUGACCAUUGUGGAGGACAGCCUGCCCCAGCUGCUGCCCUCCAUCAGCACCGCGGACCUCUGCAGCCUGCUGUGGGCGGCGGUGCGGCUGCAGGUACGCCCGGACGACGCCCACCUGGAGGCGAUCGUGGCAGAGCUCACGCGCCCGGGGUACCGCUCAGCGGCAGCCUCCAUCGCAAUGGCAGGCACAGGCGCGCGCGCGGCCGCGUCGUCGGCGUCGGCGUGGCGGCAGUCGCAGCUCGAGGAGCGGCGCCGCAGCCACGCGUUCGCAGGCCCCAGCUCCGGCGGCGGCGGCAGCGGCGAGGGCUCCGGCGGCGACGGCGGCAGCAGCGUGGUCGAGGGCGGCGCCUCGACCCUGCGGCACAGCUACAGCUACAGCCGCCUGCAGCUGGCCAGCCCCCGCGACCUGGGGGCCCUGGCCUACGCCCUGGACUUCCUCAAGUUCAACAGCCCGGGAUUCUGGGCCGCAGCAGCAGAGGCGGCGCUGCCGGAGCUGCCCGGCCUCGCACCCAACGUGCUGACCAACCUGCUGACAGGAGUUGCACACAGCGCUGUGACGGGGGCGCGCGCGGAGGCCGCGGCCGGCGGCGGCGGCGGCGGCGGCGGCGGCGGGCAGCGGGGGUUGCGGGAAGGGGGCCGUGGGCGGGCGCGACGGGCGGGCCCGCUGGCGGCCGCGCCCACGGCGAUGGCCCCCGCAGGCCGCGAGCUGUUCCGCGCCGCCGCCGCGUUGCUCACGGAGGAGCCCUCCCGCCUGCACCGCUUCCGGCCGCGCGACCUCGCAUCCCUCCUGGCCGCCUUUGCCACCGCGGGCGCACGCGCGCCUGGCCUUUUCUCGGAAGUCGCGCGGCAGCUUCUCCUCGACCCGACCGGCCGCCGGCUGCCGGCGCUGCGCGCGCGCGACGCGGCGCUGAUGACGUGGGCGUGCGUCCACGCGCUGUGCCCCAACACGCAGCUGCUCGCGGCGCUGGCGGCGGUCCUGCGGCGCCGCGCGUCCGCCCUCGCGCCGCACCACGCGGCGCUCGCGCUGUGGGCGCUCGCGACAGCUGGGCCGCGCGACGAGGGCGCACUGAUCGCGCUGUGCGGCGCUGCGGCGGGGCGGAUGCACGGCGUGCACGCGCGGGUGGCUGCGAGUGCUGCCUGGGCCCUGGGCAAGCUGGGCUACCACUCCCCGGCCCUCAUGGAGGACUGCCUGGACCGCCUCACACGCUGCCUGGAGGACGCGGACUGGGGGGCCGUGCACUGGGGGGUCGCGGGCCCCGCUGGAGCAGCGGCGGACCAAGCUGCCGCUGCGCAUGGCACGCCCGCGAGGGACGCACAGGGAAGCGGCGGCGGCAGCGGCGGCGCCAGCGGGGGUGGCGGCGGCGGCGGCAGCGGCAGCGGGGGUGCGGGGGGUGCGGCGGUGGCGGGUCCCAGCGUGCUGGAGCAGCUGCUGCACAGCCCGGUCCUGUUGGAAGGCUACAGCAGCGGCAGGGCUGACGGGGACGACGGUGGCCGUGGCGGCUGCCUCUGGGCGGCGCAGGAGGAGGGGCCCGACCCCCUGGAGGUGGCCCUGGCGGCUGCAGAGAGGGGCGGGGCGCGGGUGCUCCAGCAGCGGCUGUGGCAGGAACAGCGGGAGCAGCAGCGACAGGGAGAUGUCGGCGAGGCCUGGGACGAGGAGGAGGAGGAGUUCGGGGAGGGUGAGGAUGAGGACGAGGGGGGUUGGGAGGACUUGGGAGAGCUGCAGGGCCACGUGGGAGGCAGUGAGCUGGAGCACGGCGAGGCAGCCAGCAGCGGCGCGUUCGCAGCGUGCGGCGCGCCGCCAUGGCUGCUGCCCUGCGCUGCCCCCGCGCCGCCUGUCCUGGCGCGGGACGCGGUGCAGGCGGCCUGGGCGUGCGGCAAGCUGCGGCACUGGAACGGCGCCUUCCUGGCUGCCGUGAGGGAGCGGCUGCCGGCGAUGCUGGCGGGCGGCGGGGGCGGGCUCAGCGACGUGGAGGCGGUGUCGCUGCUGUGGGCGCUGGCGCGGCUCAACUACACCAACCGCGACGCCCUGGCUGCGCUGUGCGACGAGCUGGCGCGCCGCUGCCCCCGGCUGUCAUCCCGCGCCGCCGCCACGGCCGCCUGGUCGGCGGCCACCCUGCGCCAGCACCACCCGGCCCUGCUGCGCGCCGUGGCCGCACGCGCGCGCGAGCUGGCGGGGGAGGGGCGGCUGCAGCCGCUGGACGCGGUGCACGUGGCUUGGUGCCUGGCUGAGCUGACAGAGGGCGACAGUGCCACCUUCCGCGCCCUGGCAGGGGUCAUCGCCCCCUCUGCGCACCGCCUGGGCACCAAGCUGGCUGUCAACGCGCUCUGGGCCUUUGGGCUGGCGGGGCAGCUUGGGGAGGACGUCUUCGCGUCCUUGUAUGCGUCGCUGGCGCGUGUGCGGCCGUCCGCCCUCCACGGCCUGGCCCUCAUGCAGCUGGCCCAGGCUGACAUGAUGGUCACGGACGCGUACCGGGGCAUCAUCCGCUGCCCGGUGCAGCUGGCCCCAAACCUGCGCAGCCUGGCGCAGCGCCAGUGGCGGUCCUCUGUGAGACGGGGCAGCAGCGCCAGCGCCUUCCAGCGGCAGGUCGUCGCCGCCCUGCACGCCCUGGGUGCGGCCCCGCGGCUGGAGGUGCUCACGCGCGACGCCAUGUUCUGUGUCGACAUCUCGGUGGAGUGGCGCGGCAGGCGCUAUGCAGUGGAGGUGGACGGGCCCCACCACUUCACGCUCAGCCGCCCCUACCGGCCCCUGGGCCGCACCGCCGCGCGCCGCCGCUGCCUCCAGGCGCGGGGCUUCUGGGUCCUCAGCGUACCCUUUUACGAGUGGCGGGCCGUCAGCCGGCCUCGUGGCCCCCAGCGGCAGGCGGACGAGCGCGAGCAGGAAGCGGGGCGCGGCCAGCAGAUGCACGGGCAGCAGCCGCUGCUGCAGCAGCAGCAGCAGCAGCAGCAGCAGCAGCAGCAGCAGCAGGGGCAACAAGGGGCCUUGCCACGGCAACGUCCACGAGCUCUAGGCCCGGGACGGCGGCUGGACGACGAAGAGGACAGGCAGGAAGGGCGCAGCAGCAGCAGCAGCCACACUGCCGACUUUGCGUACAGGGGACCCGGUGGCCCGUGUGUGUCGCCGGAGGUCCUGGCCUGGCAGGUGGCCUACCUGGAGGCUGCCCUGGAGGGCGCAGCCAGCCUGUCACUGCACUCACUGCGGGAAGGACGCGGCGCCGAGGAGGACGGUGGCGGCAGCGGUGGCCCCCAGCCGUGGCAAGGUGGCGGCGAAGCGGAUGCUGCGGAGCUCCCGCCGCUCGACACAGAUGCGCUGGGGCUGGCUCGCUCAAUGUAA